AAUCUUUUUUUUCUUAGAAUGUUUUUUGUCAUCUUGGUGGCAAUAAGAAUUUUAAAUCUUGUGAUUUCCGAUUUCUUGCUAGGUUUUUGUUUAGGGUUGAAAAUUUUAAACAGAUUUUGAGAAUAGUAGGUUGAAAUUUAGUGAAAUUUCUUACAUAUUCACUGUAUAGAUUUACAGCUUUAAAUCAAAAGCAGCUCUACAAACUUAUCAGAAAAACGAAAGAUCUUACCGUCUGAAAAAAUGUCUACUCACUCUGCUGCUAAAGGAAAACUAAUCGCUGUAAUUGGUGACGAGGACACUUGUGUUGGUUUUUUGCUGGGUGGCAUUGGUGAAGUGAACAAAUCGAGGCAGACUAAUUUUAUGGUUGUAGAAAAAAAUACUCCAGCAAGUGAAAUUGAAGAGACAUUCAAGAACUUUGUUAAGAGAGAUGACAUCGAUAUCAUCCUUAUCAAUCAAAAUAUUGCUGAGAUGAUUCGUUAUGUGAUUGAUGCCCACACUAAACCAGUACCAGCUGUACUUGAGAUCCCAUCAAAGGAUCAUCCCUAUGAUCCAAGCAAGGAUUCCAUUCUACGAAGGGCAAAGGGUAUAUUCCAAGCAGAAGAAUAUAGAUAGAGAAAUAUUCCAGCAAUUAAGGUUAUUUAUUAUUCCAGAUUUUAUUGUUAUUCCAGAACUUGUCUCGUGAAUUAUGUGAACUAUUUUUGUUUUUGAAAUGCCUGUUUGUAGAUUUUGACGAAAUUGUUGCGUCAUUAAAUCUUAUUGUCGUACGUCUGGUGGUUGUGAAGAAUCGUUCUCUUGUAGUCAAGUUUAUAAAUUAAAUUUAUGUGAAAAUG